CGGUCGCUGCUACACAUACAGUACUCAGUAGGUAUGUGACUCUGUCCGGAAAUCAGGAAUGAUCAUUUGAUGAAGAUUACUCAGUAAGACCAGAUUAACUAGUUAGUUAUACAUCAUUGCUGGAUGCUCACCCGACUGACUGCCUUUGUUUCCAUCAAGCAGGUACUAAGUAGAUACGAUGGCACUGUGUGGUUCACCUGUGUGGCAGUCUUUCUAUUCUUUGCGGUUACGGCCGGGUAGCUGAGCAGCCUUCCGUUGAAAUAAGAGUCUAUGUAGCAAACCAGUAAUGCAUAUAGAUUCUUGUUGAUAGAUGUGUAGUUUUGCGACUUGGCUGUCGACAUGGCGUUUGAAAGUUAUAAGCCAUCAUUAUGUACAUUGAGUAGUUUCAACAACGGAUGGUCGAGUAGAGAAAGUGUAGUCUCCUGUCUCGGUUCGGCCAGCCCGCAAGCCAAGCCUCCGGGUGACUCUCGGCCCACUCGCCCAUCACCCCUUCUUUUUUUUUUCUUCUCUCCCUUCAGGCUUCCUCUACCCUUUGUCUCUCUGGGUGGAUGCACUGUGAAUCAAGGAUUGAUCCCUCGAUUUUAUCCCUACUGGCCAGUAAUAAAGAGAACCCCAGGUUCCCGCGAUCUCAAGGCUGUAUGGAAACUCAUCGCAGUCCAUUACAGUGGUGGUGCACCUCUAGGUACAGUACACCCGGGCGCCCGGCGCCCGCGUAAGCGCCCGCUAUCCCAAAGGGGACCAAGGUCACUGCAGCUAAGCCGGGGUUGUCCUGCUAGAGGCACAAUUCGUAGCGAUUCCAAUCUUGCGUAACGAUACGAGCGAUCGAUUCUGGGCAUCAAGGCUGUUUUCAAGGUUUUGAGACAUCGGAUGCCCAAAUCUGGUGGGCCACUUUUGCGGGGUUGCCACUAUAUGGUGCCCUCGGCC